AUUUGUUUCCUUGCUCCAUUGUUGUGAUCUUGAAGCAUACAGACAAUUAACAACCCUUGAAGAUCCUGAAAUUCUAGCCAGAGAGACAAUGUUUAGCGUAAGCGAAAUAGAAGCACUUUAUGAGUUAUUUAAGAAGAUUAGCAGUGUUGUUAUUGAUGACGGAUUAAUCAAUAAGGAGGAGUUCCAAUUGGCAUUAUUUAAGACAAAUAAAAAGGAAAGCAUGUUUGUUGAUCGGGUGUUUGACUUAUUUGACACAAAGCAUAAUGGAAUCCUUAGUUUUGAAGAGUUUGCUCGUCCACUAUCAGUAUUUCAUUAUACGUUUCACGGCCGAAAAGUUAGGUAAAGUGGAGAUGGAGGUACCACGGGCGGAGGUGCUUCUGGUGGCAGAAUCAACCUCAAGGCUUAUGACUAGAAGGGGUAACAGAAGUGAUUGUUUUGUUUUUAGGAAACUCAUUGUCCAUGGUGGUUAUAGUGUAAGUUAUCCUUCAAAUACAACUGUUGUAGGCACUUUUUAUGAUGCUCUAACAUGUAGCCUUACAGUUGAUAAGUUUAUCAUGAAAACUGAAACUAAAACACUUAUGCCACGUUUUUAGACACAACCACUGCACAUUCAAGGUAAGCAACGAUUUUUAGCCCUAAACAUCACUCUUGAUCUCGAUUUCAGGCCAUAACCUCACUCUCAAUCCUAAUGUUUUGCAGAUAGAAGAUAACAUAAUAUUUCAAGCCCAAAACCACAAAAGUGAUCUUGAUUUUUGUUUUAGUUUCUAAUUCAUGGUCGUUGCAGAUGAACACAUUCAGAAACCAUAUUUGUUAGUUUUCCUUAUUAACAAUUGUUGCAUGUUAGUUUUUAAUAAACC